AUGGCGGAAAAGCCAUCAGUGCUCAUUAUUGGAGGGCUGGGAUAUGUCGGCCGCUUCCUCGCCCUUUACAUUCACAACAACGACCUUGCCUCCGAGGUGCGAAUUGUCGACAAGGUGCUCCCCCAGCUGGCGUGGCUCCCACCCGAGUUCAAGGAAGCCUGCUCCCCGGACAAGUUUAUGCAAGCUGAUGCGAGUAGAGAACAAGCGUUAGAGAAAAUAUUUGACCGCGGCGACGGGAAGUCUUGGGACUACGUUUUCAAUUGUGGUGGUGAGACCAGAUAUUCUCAGGAGGAUGAGGUUUACAGGAUACGCUCUCUUGGCCUGUCAGUCGCGUUAGGGAAGGAAGCCGCAAAACGAAACGUCAAGGCCUUCAUCGAGCUCAGCACCGGAAUGGUAUAUAAGUCGGAUUCGACGCCAAGCAAGGAAGGUGACAAGUUGAAACCCUGGAGCAAAAUUGCUGUUUUCAAGCUGAAGGCCGAGGAGGAGCUGGCUAAGAUUGAGGGCCUCAACUUGGCCAUCGUUCGACUGGCUCAUGUCUACGGCCCUUAUGCAUCUCAAUGGGUUGCCACGGGCCUUUGCAUUGCCCGAGUCUACCAGUACCUCGAGUCCGAGAUGAAGUGGCUGUGGACCAAGGACCUACGAACCAACACUGUGCACAUCCACGACGUGACUCGAGCAAUAUGGGCUGUUGCGAAGUGGUAUGCUGACGGCAAGGCGAACUGGGACAGCAAGACGAUGGGCCCGACUCCUAUCUUCAACGUUGUCGACAAUGGCAUUACGACGCAAGGCACCAUGGCCGAGAUUGUUGGCGAGAUCUUCAAGAUCGAGACCGGUUUCCAGGGCCAGCUUGUUAGCACAUUUGCCCGGUUGAACAUGGACAGUGUGGUGGACGAUAUCAACGACGAGCUACUUGGACCGUGGGGAACUCUAUUAGAGGAGGCGAAGAUCACACGCCCAGGCCCUCUCACACCUUUCAUGGAAAAGGAAUUGCUCAAAGAUACAGACUUGAGUAUGGACGGGAGCCGACUAGAGGCAAUUGUUGGCUUCAAAUACGAGAAGCCCACAAUCACCAAAGAGCUCCUUGAAGAAGUCAUCGAGAGUUACAAAAAAAUGAAUUGGUGGCCCUGA